UUACUGAACAUAAAUAUUGGGGUUGAUUUAAUGCCAGCUUCUUUUUUAAUUAGUUAAUCAAAUUCAAUAAACUAAAACAAAAAUCUUUAAAAAUGCAUCAUCAGUUCAAAUAUAAUAUUAGACAUAGACCACUUAUAUAAACCUUUACCAUAACAUAACUACAAACACACAAAAACAUUGUCUCUCUUUGCUUACCAAUAGACAACCUUUAAGCCACUUCUCAUACACGAGAGAACACACACAAAACCCUAAAACACUCAUCAACACCUUAAACUUAUUAGCGUCUAAUGGCACUCGUUAAUAACCAUCCCAACGAGCCAAAGUACGUGUCAAAACAAAACUCCUCAUCCCAAGAUCUCUCAUCACCGGAGAACGACGGAUUGGAUCAGCCUGACGCAGCUUAUGCCGGAGGACAUUCCGCUUCGAGCAGUAGCACGAUGAAUUCUGAUCAUCAGCAAAAUCAUCAAGGGUUAGUAUUUUACCCUUCUGGCGAAUCCGUUGAGGAUCACAACUCUUUGUUAGAUUUCAACGGAUCCUCAUUUCUUAACUUCGACCACAACGAUGAUCGUCAUGAGAGCUUUCCUCCUCCAACCAUAAGUUGCGGUGGUGUUAGCGGUGGCUUCUCUUUUUUGGAAGGCAACAACUUGAGCUACAGCUUCACAAACUGGAAUCAACAUCAUAUGGAUAUUAUUGGCCCUAGACACAUCGAAACUCCGGGGACAAACCAAGUCCAUAAAGACUGGUUAUAUUCUGAUUCAACUGUUGUAACCACUGGUUCUAGACAUAAGUCUGUCUCGCCUAAAUCCACUGGAAAUAAACGUUCUUAUACGGGGGAGAGCAGUCAACCACCCUCAAAGAAACCCACUAGCGGCGCAAAAGGGAAAGCUAAGCCUAAGCCAACAACUUCACCGAAAGAUCCACAAAGCCUAGCAGCUAAGAAUCGAAGAGAAAGAAUAAGUGAACGUCUCAAGAUAUUGCAAGAACUUGUUCCCAAUGGCACCAAGGUUGAUUUGGUAACGAUGUUAGAGAAGGCCAUUAGUUAUGUAAAGUUUCUUCAAGUGCAAGUUAAGGUACUUGCGGCCGAUGAGUUUUGGCCGGCACAAGGAGGGAAAGCUCCUGAUAUUUCUCAAGUUAAAGACGCCAUUGAUGCCAUCCUCUCUUCAUCACAACGAGGCAGGAAUUCGGAUCCCGUCACCAAUCAAUGAAGAGUCUGAAUGUAAUUUAAUUAAUUACUCAACAGUAAUUAAGUUGUAGUAAUAUCGGGAAGAACAAUGAUUCUCUCGAUAACUUCAACAUAAAGUUUAAAAUACGAUCCAAAGAUUAAAUAACGUUAAAUAUGUGAAAAAUCGAGAAGUUCUUAAUGCAUCUAUAUUGAAGACGAGACAAGAGACAUUCAAAGCACCGAUGAUCAGUUCGAUGUUGGGUCCACACGAGGAUGGAAUCUUUAUAUAGUAGAUAUAAGUAGUAAAACCUAAUAAUAUACAUAAAUAUGUAUCUUCUCUUGUCUGUUUUUUUUUCUGUGUGUUUUUAGUCUACCGAAUAUAAAUCUUGUAAUGGAAUUUUAAAUUCCAAGAAAUAAGUAAUAAAAUUCUGCACUUUUGGAUUUUUCCUGGGCAUUCACGUUCAGAGAAUCU